CUGUCGAAUGGAAAACCUUUGUCGCUCUCAAACGACGUCGUUUUCCCACUUCUCACCCUUCCGAAACGAAACUCUUCUCAUCCGUCCUCGUCAUCAUCGUUAUCGUCUCACAGGAGUUGAGGAUCCAGAGAAGCAAUGGCCGCUCGACUACUGAGGAGGAAGGCUCUCACGAAUCUCUCUGCCCCUUCGUCCUCUCCCUUCUCUAAAUCAUCCUUCUCAGUUCAGAGACUCAUUAGCACGUUGGUUUUGGGUGAGCAUGAAGGGGGCUCCAUCAAGGCCCAAUCUUUGAGUGCAGUAGUUGCUGCAAAGUUUUUGGGUGAGGACAAUUCUAUUUCUAUGCUGCUGGCUGGGUCUGGUCCUUCAGUUCAAGAAGCUGCUAUACAUGCUGCCUCAUGUCAUUCUUCAAUUUCUCAGGUAAUUGUAGCUGAUUCAGAUAAAUUUACAUAUCCUGUAGCAGAACCUUGGGCAAAACUAGUCCAGUUGAUUCAGCAGAAAGGUGGCUACUCACACAUAAUGGCUACUUCAGGUUCAUUUGGAAAAAACAUACUACCACGGGCAGCUGCCCUUUUAGAUGUUUCUCCAAUUACCGAUGUCAUUGAAAUUUCAGGACCUCAGCUAUUUGUGAGGCCAAUUUAUGCUGGAAAUGCUCUUUGCACUGUUCGAUACACUGGUUCUGCGCCUUGUAUGUUGACCGUUAGGUCAACAUCUUUUCCAGUGCCACUGACAUCAGCUAAUUCAAAAUCUGAUGUGGCUCCAAUUUCCCAGGUUGACCCCUCAACCUUUGGUGAAGAUAUGGUGUGCAAAUCAAAAUAUUUAAGCCAUACCUCUCAGGAUUCAGAACGUCCAGAUCUCGGUAAUGCUCGUAUUGUGGUCACUGGGGGCCGAGCGUUGAAAAGUGCUGAAAACUUCAAAAUGAUUGAGAAGCUUGCAGAAAAACUUGGUGCUGCAGUUGGUGCUACUCGUGCUGCUGUUGAUGCGGGAUUUGUUCCUAAUGAACUCCAGGUUGGUCAAACUGGAAAGAUCGUGGGCCCAGAAUUGUAUAUGGCUUUUGGUGUUUCAGGAGCCAUUCAACAUUUAGCAGGCAUGAGAGAUUCCAAGGUUAUUGUUGCUGUGAACAAGGAUGCAGAUGCACCCAUAUUUCAGGUAGCUGAUUAUGGACUCGUGGGUGACCUGUUUGAAGUGAUACCAGAGUUGUUAGAGAAGCUUCCUGAGAAAAAAUAGACCUGUGUACAAAUGGAGUAAAUAAGAGGCCAAGCAUAUCCUUGAGGAUAUCAUCAUCUUGAAUGGGACUUUAAUGUGGCAAAAUAACAUUUAUGAUAAAAGAAUUGACUGGGGGGUCAUUUGAAAUGUAACACUGCUCUGAUUUGUCAUUCAGAUAUGAUUAAAGAUCAUAUGCUAAUUGGCUAGAUUUGAUUUAUUAA